CGGUGUCAGGCGCGGGGGCGGAGCGGCGUGGUCUCUGGACAUUGGAGCGGGCGCGGUAGCCUGGCGCUGCGGCCGUGGUGCUAUUGAUGUGAGCUGACUGAAAUCAGGAGUACUCUCAACGAUACGAAAGAUGUCUGGCGACGCUGCGCAAAUGAACAUGCCUGAAGUCCAGUUGACCCCGGAGGAGAUUCAGAAGAUCAUGGACGUCAUCAAGAGGGACGACGCCAUCAGACGAGAGGAGAGCGUCCGCAUUCGUCGCCUGAAAGCUGAGCUUCAACAGUUGCGCCGCAAAGGCGCGCUGCGGGCGGGCACGGACCGGGGUCGCUCGUGCGCCCGCUGUCUAGCUGAGCUCGGUCGCAUCAUGAACAGGGGCGCGCCCUGCCGCUCGUGCCAGAUGCGCGUCUGCAAGAGCUGCCGCGAGUUCAGCAACGGCGGCCACGGCUGGGUCUGCACCGUCUGCAACAAGCGCAUUGAGAUCCAGCUGGCGACGGGGCAGUGGAUGGACGCGUUCGUGCGCCGGCCGUCUAGGCGACGCGAGUCGGUCGCGGUGCCCACCAGCGUGCUCCGACGCCAGAUCCGACGCUCCUGGACCAUCUCCAACGCGGCGGAGUCAGGCCGCUCCGUGGCCGACAUGCGAGCCCGACAGGCCCGACAGUGGCUGGCCGGAGCGCCACCGCGUCUGGUCGUGCCUCGUAAGCCGCAUGAUUGGGAUUCGCUGAGUAGCGAGCCUUCGAGCGGGACCAGCUCGCCCUUAGUUCAGCGGCAUCCCGACAGGGCGCAGCAUCGCCGGCGGUCAGAUGGCGUCGGUAACGGGCUGCGGGGCGAGACACCGGUGCUGGGUCUGGCCCGGUCCUCAGCGCGCCCUCGCGGCGGCCGGGCGGCCACCCUGCGCCGCGUCGUGCCCGCCGACACAGUGACCUGGUCCGAGGCGCCCCUAGCGAGCUCGUCGCCACCGCCGGCCACCGAGCCGCAGUACGAGAACGUGCCGUCGGCGGCGCGGCCGGGCCCCGACGGCGCUGACGCGUCCCCAGACCGCGGCUCCACGAGCGGGUGGGAGGCGCUCCGUCGGGAAGAGGAGAGAUGUGGUGGCGGCGAAACGGCGGAGAAGCCUGGCAAAAGGCCACACUCGCUGGGAGGAAGCGGUGCCCGCCAGACACUGACCGCACCCUUCCGACUGGAGGACGGGAGGCGGGGCAGCUGCCCGACGGAGGAGGCAGACGAUCCUGGCCAGGGCGACCCUCCUCGGAGGAGCAGCGAUCCGAGCGCUGGUGUCGACGCCCGCCACCUGGCGGCGCUGCGGUGGAAGCUCGGUCGACCUCAGGGCAAGUCGGACCUGCGACGCCUGAUCGAGGAGCGCCGGCGUGCCAGCCUCCUCAGCGCGCUCUCAGACUCCGCCGGCCUCAGCUCGGAGGAGCCGGCACGGGGCACGGGUGUCUCGCGUGCGCAGCACCAGCGAAUCAAGUGUGGCCCGGGCCCGGACCAGGACCGACUCGGACCGUGACUCGGACUCCGAUGGCGACUCGCUCGGCAGCUCGAUCUUCAAGCGGCUGAGCUCGCUGGCCAGGCGGCGGUACCACGACCAUACCAGCUCCGAAAAUGAGGAUCCGACAGGUCACAGGGUUACCGUGUACCGCCCGCCGGCGGCGACGGCCACCAGCUCGGCCACGGACAUCUCCUCGUCGGACGCCGCGCCGCGAGGCUUCCCGUCGCC